AUGUGGGAGCUUCGGUCCAUCGCUUUCUCCAGGGCGGUGUUUGCCGAGUUCCUGGCCACUCUCCUCUUUGUCUUCUUCGGCCUGGGCUCAGCCCUCAACUGGCCGUCGGCGCUGCCCUCCACGCUGCAGAUCGCCAUGGCUUUUGGCCUGGGCAUCGGCACCCUGGUGCAGGCUCUGGGCCACGUCAGCGGGGCCCACAUCAACCCCGCCGUGACCGUGGCCUGCCUGGUGGGCUGCCACGUCUCCUUCCUCCGAGCCGCCUUCUACGUGGCUGCCCAGCUGCUAGGGGCCGUGGCCGGGGCCGCUCUGCUCCAUGAGAUCACGCCGGCCGAGGUCCGUGGCGACCUGGCUGUCAAUGCCCUCAAUAACAACGCCACAGCCGGGCAGGCCGUCACCGUGGAGCUCUUCCUGACGCUGCAGCUGGUGCUCUGCAUCUUUGCCUCCACGGACGAUCGCCGCAGCGACAACGUGGGCACCCCCGCCCUCUCCAUCGGCCUCUCGGUGACCCUGGGCCACCUCCUCGGGAUCUACUACACCGGCUGCUCCAUGAACCCUGCCCGAUCCCUGGCCCCUGCUGUCAUCACCGGCAAGUUCGAUGACCAUUGGGUCUUCUGGGUCGGACCCCUGGUCGGCGCCAUCCUGGGCUCCCUGAUCUACAACUACGUGCUCUUCCCCUCGGCCAAGAGCCUGUCAGAGCGUCUGGCGGUGCUCAAGGGGCUGGAGCCGGACGCCGACUGGGAGGAGCGCGAGGUGCGGCGGCGGCAGUCGGUGGAGCUGCACUCGCCGCAGAGCCCGCCGCGGGGCAGCAAGGCCUGA